CCGAUCGAUUUUGAGUUUCAAGUGGUCAAGUCCCUCAGACGAUUUCAUUGCCAAUCACACAGUUGUCAUCCGUUAUGACUAGAAUGUGGCAGGACAGUGAAGUCAGAUUUGACACAUCUCUAUCGGACAUCCAGAUGAGAUGUGGAGAAGUCCUGAUUGACAGACUCGACAUGAUUGAAGAUACAAAAGGCAAUGCAGGUGAUCAAGGACGUCUUCUCAUUUCUAAUCUCCGGAUAAUGUGGCAUUCACUGUCAUUACCUCGAAUUAAUCUGAGUAUCGGAUACAAUACGAUCAUCAAUAUAUCGACGAAAAAUAUAAAUUCCAUGCAGGGGGGAGUGGUCCAGGCUCUUCACAUUUUAACUGCAUUUAAAAAUUGCAGAUAUGAAUUUAUUUUUACGAAUCUCAAUAUCAAAAGCACUAGGCAUUUCACAUCGGUUAUUGGAGUUCACAGGGCUUAUUCGUCAACGAGAAUGUACAGGGAGAUUAAAUUGAGGGGUGGAUUUAUUCAAGACAAAAGAUUGACGACAUUUCCGUUGGAAAUUGUUAAUAGCACAACUCCAGGGGUUUGGAAUUUGUCCACAGAACAGGGUAACGUGGGAACAUUCGUUGUGACGAACGUUCGUGUCGUCUGGUUCGCUGACAUGAAUAAUCAAUUCAAUGUCUCAUUGCCUUAUUUAGUGAUGACGAGUGUGAACAUCAGGUCCUCAAAAUUCGGUCCAACACUAGUUCUUGUGAGUUCUGAAUCGAGUGGUGGAUAUGUCCUGGGAUUUCGCGUUGAUCCCCUCCAGAAACUCCACAUUUUGCACAAAGAAAUCACAACAUUGCGAUCAGCUUUCGAUAAAUCUCCGAUUUUCGGAGUUGAAUACACGUUUGAGCACGAGGGGAUAGUAGAGCCAGACCUGAAGGAAUCAGAUUCAAAAGAGAUUCAGGAAAAUGAAGACGAGAUUUCAAACGUCUUUGGAUUAUAUUUCACGGAUGAUAAUUCAAUCCAGAGAAAGCCAGAGGUCUGUCCACAUCUGGGUCUAGCCGCAGAAGAACCAAAAGAGGGAAGUUCUCUCCAAAGCCUCUGGGAGCUCCUCCCAACGACGUGACAAUUCACUUCUCUAAAUAAAUAAUCAAACAACCGAAACAAAUUCAUUAUUUCUCCACACUCUCCAUUAUUUUUA